UGUUUUAUUAAGCUGAAACUGUAUAAAAAGGGUUAUUAUAGUAUAAAUGAAUACAUGGUUGAUAAUAAUCCCUGGGAAUGAGGUGGUCGCUUCCAAGCAGUUUCUAAAAUAAAUUUUCUAAAUAGUUUGUAAUCAUUUAUAUUGUAAAAUUUAUUUUAAAAAAAAAGUCCCGCUGGGUUUCUUGCUGGUUCUUCCCAGGACAGAGGGUUUUUUUUCGAACCAGUGGUAAAGUAAAAAAUGACUUUCAAUAAGAAUUACACAUGUAAUGUAUAUUGAAUAAAAAAGUAUUCUAUUCUAUUCUAUUCUAUUCUAUUCUAUUCUAUUCUGGCAUCUGGUUCUGACGACGCGAGGGUCAAGCUGUGGGCCCUUAAUGCAGAGUGAUCCGUUGCCACACUCGAGGCCAAGUUCAACGUGUGCUGUGUUCGCUUCAACCCGAAGUCCUCGUGUCACUUGGCCUUGGCGGAUCACUGCGUGCACUACUACGACCUACGGGCCCCCCGGGUCCCACACGCCGUCUUCCGAGACCACAGGAAGGCGGUCUCGUACGUCAAGUUCCUGGAUUCGAGGACGCUGGUCUCCGCGUCCACGGACUCGCAGCUGAAGCUGUGGCGGGUAGAGUCACCGCGAUGUGUGCGUUCUUUCACCGGACACGUCUUGUCUUUCACAAACAAAAAAACUUACAGUGCAAGAUUAAUAUUUCUUUUCUAGGGUGUGACAAACGAGCAGACAGUCCAUCUGAUGGUAAUUGGAUGCUGUGAUUCUUAAACAUCUAUCUCCUUUAUUACGAACAGGGUAUUCAAUCUUAGUACAAAAAGUUAAGAUAUUGCAGAAAAAUAUUCGUACUAAUUUGUGUUGAAAGUUAAAUGUUAGAAAACCAAUACAAUUUUGUAGUUUUUUAACUUAGUAGCAUUAUAAUUUAAUACUUCUAUCUCAGUAAUACAGAGAGCACCACCGGCGAGACAUUAUGGUACCAAAUUUGAAACAUAUAUGAUCGUGCGAACUGCAGUUGUACUGAUCGUACUCCUAAAAUUGGUAUAAUAAUCUGCCUAACAAUUUGCGAAUUUAAUUCUCUUUUGGUAGAAUUUUAUGAAACUAUAGAAGAAAAUAAUAACCCCGUGAGCUUUGUAAAAAUAUAGUUUUUAUUGAAUAAUUAUUUUGCUCAAUAUUUUAGUAAAUAAUAUUACACGAUAAACAUUUUAAAAAUAUAUAUGUAGGAAGUAUAAUUGAGUAUAGUACAGUGACUGAUUUUGUAGUUGGGAAUAAUAAUUAAUUCGUUUACACGAAUUAAUUAUCCAACGAGUCGAGGAUAAACUAGUAACGGAAUACGACAAGCGCACCGUUCCACGUCAGAGCCAAGACGUGUCUUAACGACGGCCGCCCCGUCCGUUUUAUACAAGCAGGACGGGUGGCAACGCAGGUACAAUGCCGCAGGUGUGCGGUACACGUGUCGUUUACAAGAAUUCUGUCUAACCAGACCGACGCCAGCGCACCUACAACGGUGCAGGUGCCGUCAUAUAUUUUUGCUAUUAUUGUUUUGAAAUUAGUAGAAGUAGAAAUUUUAUUGACGGCCACUCCGGACGGGAUAUUCAAAUCAAAACAAAAUGGUCUCAAAUGUCAAUUUAUCGUGCUUCCAGUCGGUGGUUUGAUUAAAUUCGAUAUUUUUGCAUUUUGCAUUUUCUUGUAGAGUUUAUUGAGUUGAGUUGAGUGCCGUGUCCUCCUCCUCCAGGUCUACGUUGGAUUGUGCGAAAUUGUUCACUGUUUAUGUUUGAGAUAGAGACUCGUUAUAUUUAAUAAUAAUAAUAAUAAUAAAGAGUUUUAUUUGUCUCAAUUCACACAUGAUAGUUAAAAUUAUACAAAAAAAUUAUCACAAACUUAUCUAGCAACAUACUUAAGUGAAAACAUACAUUAAAAAAAAGAGACAAACUGGCCUGUGACUCAGCUAUGUGGUGAUUUGAGGUCACCGCUGGUAUUCUGCCACAGCCAACUUUUAAAAAACACAGUAUCUUAACCUUAUCUUGGCAUUGACGUGAAACAACGUAAAGAAAAGACUAAAAUGUAUAAACAUGUAAAUCGGCAAAUUUAUAUAAUAUGAAACUUAAUACCUGCCUCCAAUUUUUGUUGUUCAAGUAACCAUACUUUGCAUUUCUUUCCAAAUGAUUUUAUAUUCACGAUCUCCUGUAAAGGAGGAGGUAUAUUAUUCCAAAUUUUGUUAAAUUCUUUUGUUUUAGUGAUUUAUAGGACUUCAGAUAUUAUGUCGCUAUCUAGUAAAAAGUGUUGUGUUCCUGGUUGUAUGGAUUCAGGCAGUAAGUUUCUUAAUUACUUUAAAAUCUUAGCGCCCAAUCAAAGACAUAAGUAACAUACUAAAGAAAAAUGCAAGUUGCAGUUACUUGCGUAGCACACAUGUAUCCAAGGGUUUGUCGAGGGAGAGAAGACAAAAACUAGAUUGGACUGCCCAACAAGAACAAGUUUAGCUAGACAAAAUUACACUGUAUAGAAGCAGUAAUGUUAUUUUAUCUACUCUUCCGUCGAAAAAGCCCUUGUCUACGGUUAUCAUGCUACGCAUGCUUGUCAAAGUGUCAAACUAAAAUGAGUUUUUGGAAUAGUGAUCCAUUAUUUUUUUUAUAAAGGAUAGGGUGACAAACGAGCACACAGUCUACCUGAUGGUAAGUGGUUGCUGUGGCCCAUAGACAUCUACAUUUAUCCUCAAAUGUAGAUGCGUUGUCACCCGUGAGGACUAGCUACUACUAGAUAGAAUGGCCUCUUUUCCAGUAAAAAGGGUCUCUGGUUCUCUACACUCACCAUACGAAACACAGCAGCAUGAAGCUGCUAUUUGAUGCUGAUAUUCUGUGAGAGCGUGGUCCUUCCCCGGUCGAGCCGACCCAUUCGUGCUACAACUAUACUACUAAUAUAGCUGUAGCAUGGCUCUACCAUGUAAAAAAAAAAAGCGUCAGUAGCCUAAUGGCAGGGCGCAGACUGCGAACUCGAAAGGUCGUGGGUUCGAAUCCGCCAUUCGACUACUGUCGUGAACCACUUCUAACACAAGCAUUUUAAGCUUACCAGAAGUGGUUAAAGGGAAUAUUAGUACUGUUUAAUAAUGUUACUAGUAUCUAUUUUUUAAAAACAAAAAAAAAAUUAGGUUGGACUUUGACAAGACCCCUAUAAAGUUAUAUGUACAUAUUAAUCUUUUGGCCUAAGACCAGUUAAUUUUGCAGGUCCUUGGACCACACUCUGAUCGGGUUAACUAUGUAACUUAAAUAAGAAUUAAUAACUUAAAUUAACAUAUGUUUAUUUCUGUUCAGGUAUGCAGAAGCCUCUGCAUUUAUUUCCGAAUCCAGUGAAAGACAGACUACGCUUUAAUAUAUGGGUCCAUUCUAUUGGAGGUGAUAUUAUUGGGUUGGAAUCUGAUGACAUAUACAAACACCGCCGUGUGUGUCAUGCUCACUUUGAAGAAAAGUUCUGUUGCCGCUAUGGUAGAUUGAAUAAUAUUGCUACACCAACAUUAAACCUGCCAGGACCACUGGCCUUACCCCAAUUCACCUUUCCAGAAAGAAGACCACUACGACAGAUGCAAUACUUACCAGAACAUGUACCGUCAACCACAAAAGAUUUUGCGGUUGAUGCAUUGGCUACAUCCAGUACAUAUGCUUGGAUGGAAGAAAACAUAGAUCCAUCUGUUGUCAUCUCAGAUGUGUCAAAUACUAUAACUAAAGUAAAUGUAGCUGAGAAUGCAAUACCAGAAUUGUCAAGCAUUAUAAAAGAAUCUCCUCUUGAAGUAAAUGUAGCUGAGAAAAUAUAUAACAG